GAACCAAUCUAGUAUUUAAAGAACUAUAUAACUCCUAGGGCAGGGAUUGGCAAACUUUUUCUGUACAGGGGUAAAGAGUUAAUAUUUUAGGCUUUGGGGGACAGUGGGUCUGUAUUGCAACUACACAGCUCUGCUAUUGUAGUACAAAAACCGCCAUAGACAGUACAUAAAUGAAUGUGCAUGGCUAUAUUCCAACAAAAGUUUACUUACAAAACAGCUGGCAGGCCACAGUUUGCCCAGCUCUGCUUUAGAGUACAUUGCCCAACAAUACCUUCUGCAAUUUGAGGUGCUAUUAUUUUUUUUAAAUUAGAUUUAUCACAUAACUGAAUAUAUGGGCAUAGGGUAUUCAUCUUUUUAAAAGCAUUAUUCUUGUGUGCCAUUAUUAAAUUUAAACAAGUUUUAAUAUAAAACUCAAGUGAUUCGAGUCUUAAAAUGCCUUCACAAUGUUUUAAAUGUCUGAUUCAUUUUUAAAUAUUCACUAUUUAGGUGUUUACAUUGAAGAAGUUCUAAAUAAAUGGAAAGGAGAUUAUGAAAAACUGGAGCACAACCACACUUACAUUCAAUGGCUUUUCCCCCUGAGAGAACAAGGCUUGAACUUCUAUGCUAAAGAACUAACUACGUAUGAAAUUGAGGAAUUCAAAAAAACAAAAGAAGCGAUUAGAAGAUUCCUCCUGGCUUAUAAAAUGAUGCUAGAAUUUUUUGGAAUAAAACUGACUGAUAAAACUGGAAAUGUUGCUCGGGCUGUUAACUGGCAGGAAAGAUUUCAGCACCUGAAUGAGUCCCAGCACAACUAUUUAAGAAUCACUCGUAUUCUUAAAAGUCUUGGUGAGCUUGGAUAUGAAAGUUUUAAAUCUCCUCUUGUAAAAUUUAUUCUUCAUGAAGCUCUUGUGGAGAAUACUAUUCCCAAUAUUAAGCAGAGUGCUCUAGAGUAUUUUGUUUAUACAAUUAGAGACAGAAGAGAAAGGAGAAAGCUCCUGCGGUUCGCCCAGAAACACUACACGCCUUCAGAGAACUUUAUCUGGGGACCGCCUCGAAAAGAACAGUCGGAGGGAAGCAAAGCCCAGAAAAUGUCUUCCCCUCUCGCCUCCAGUCAUAACAGUCAAACUUCUAUGCACAAAAAAGCCAAGGACUCCAAAAAUUCCUCCUCAGCUGUUCAUUUAAAUAGCAAAACAGCUGAAGAAAAAAAAGUGGCACCAAAAGAGCCUGUGGAAGAGACAGACAGGCCCAGCCCAGAGCCCAGCAAUGAAGCUGCCAAGCCAAGAAAUACAGAGAAGGACAGUAAUGCUGAGAAUGUGAAUUCUCAAUCCGAGAAAACAGGUACUAAUCCCACAGAAAAAAAGGAGAGUGUAUCUCCUGAAAAUAAUGAAGACGGUGAAAAUCAUAACCAAGACAGUGAAAAUCCUGGAAAUACAAAUUGCCAUGAUGUUGUACUAGCACAGUGAAUUAUCAGAAAACCCAUAGGCCAGUUUAGGUUAGAGAGGAAAAAACUACUGUAUCAUUUAUCCUAAAGAACAGAGACGAGGUCAAUUUCAAAUUUUAGCCAUCUGUUUGUGAUUUCUGUCAUAAGCAUUUUGUUGUUUGUUUUUUUAUUUUGGAUGACAAUGAAGUGAAUAACUAAUAAGGAGAUUUAAGAUAAGACCCCAUAAAUGAAUGUAUUCUGCAAUGCUUUUAGGAUGUGAAUUUUCAAAUUUUGUGUAUAAUAAUUACUUUGAAAAUAUUUUCAGAGUAUCUAGAAAUUACCAUGUAGUAUUUGGCAUGCAAAAUACAUUCUUUUGAGACAUUAUAGUCUACAUGAAGGAAAUAAAGAGGAUAAUUUCAUUGGAUUGCUAUACCUUUACCUGAUUUAUGGAUUUAUUUUACUUUAUUUUAUUUUAUUUUGAGACGGAGUCUCGCUCUGUUGCCCAGGCUGGAGUGCAGUGGCAUGAUCUUGGCUCACUGCAACCUCUGCUUCCCGGGUUCUAACGAUUCUCUUGCCUCAGCCUCCUAAGUAGCUGGGAUUACAGGUAUGUGGUACCACGCCUGGCUAAUUUUUGUAUUUUUAAGUAGAGAUGGGGUUUCACCAUGUUGGUCAGGCUGGUCUCGAACUCCUGACCUUGUGAUCUGCCCGCCUCAGCCUCCCAAAGUGCUGGGAUUACAGGCAUGAGCCACCACGCCCGGCUGAUUUUUUUUUUUUAACUGUAAGUGUUUGAUCUUUUCAAAUGUAUUCAGAAACUAAUUUGGAUUCUUUGAUUCCAGUACCUCAACGUGUUUAUCUGUAGAUUCUGGUAAGUGAAAUGGAUGUCCUUGUGGAACUGUGACCUCCCCAGCUUAUCUGUCAGUCCUGCUGUCCUCACCUCCUUGCCUCUUUCCAUGCCCUUAAGCCACCAUCUUUCUCAGCUAGCAUCUGUGUUUCUAGUGUAGUUGGCCCUCCAUAUUCAGGGGUCCAGCGUCUGUGGAUUCAACCAACCGCAGAUUGAAAAUAUUUGUUGGAAAAAAUGGAUGCUUACAUCUCUACUAAAUAUGUGCAGUCCUUUUAUUUGUCAUUAUUCUCUAAACAAUACAGUAUAACCACUAUUGACAUAGCAUUUAUAUUGUAUGUAUUAGGUAUUGUAAGUAAUCUAGAGAUGAUUUAAAGUAUUUUACAUAAGGGACAUGAGCAUUUCUAGAUUUUGGUAACUGCAGAGGGUCCUGGAACCAACCCCCUACAGGUAUCAAGGGACCACUGUGUACAUUAGGAUGAUCUAUAUUGAAAUCUACAUGGAACAGAGUGGGACUUCUAAUUGUAUGACUUCAAGAUUUUGCUUUGUUUAAAUUAAUAACACUGUUUUCAGUAUUAAGUGCUUAAAAACACAUGUUGACUGAAAAGUUCAAGAUAAGAACUUUGCUCUCUGUGGCUGUUCCAUAUAAAUUUGAUGGUUGAUUCUGAAUGUAAAUGACUGAAGAAUUAAAAAAUAAGAAAUUAUUCAUUUUUAAAAGGCAUGCCUCUUGCACUGUGAACAGGACAGUAGUCCCUUAAACCAUGAAUAUGUCAGUGUUCUGUGGAUUAUGAAAUUAGUAAUGUUGUUUAGCCCAAAUGUGUCUUUUUAAAAAAGUAUAGUUUUGUGCAUCUCUAAGUUAUCAAACUUCAAAAUUGAGAACAAAUUUAAAAGUUCAUAUAUGCAACUCUAGUAAGCACUUAUUAUGUUACAUAGCACUGGUUAAGAACAGUUUUGUUUUCUAUAUUAUUACUAAUUAUUAUUAUAAAUCAAAAGACACUGUGAUAAGAACUUCAAAGCAUACAUACAAAUAUGGUUAAAGCAAUGAAUAGAUGAAAUAUUUAUACUUUAUUUCAUUUAGGAAUGAAUUAACUUUUUUGUUAGGCUUUUAAGAAAAGUUCUAUUCAUUUUAUUCCCCCAGGGAAUUUGUAGUAUGUCCUACUUCAUAUCACAUGUCAUCUUCUGUUGCCUCUAUUGAUCUACAUUUUCUGCAAUGGAUAUCUUGAAAAUAAUCACACUUACAGUAUGCCUCUAGAAAUAUGAUUUUACUGCUUUGAAGUUUACAUGAAACAUGCCAGUUGCUUAACUCUAAUUUUUUAUAUGAAUCUCAGUAGCACCUUUGUUGUACGUUCUAUUCCAAUAAGUAUAGUAUGGAACACUUUCUCAUUUUUAGUUCCCAUAAUAUGCCAGUUUUUGUUUUCCUAGUGUUCUGUGAGUAUUAGGAUUUGGCAGUCAGCUUUUGCAUUUCAAUUUCUAUUUUACAUGCAAGAAAAACAUGGACACUCUUAUGUGGUGCUUGUAGCUAUGUUUCCAUAGAGCUCAGUAAAUAGUUCUGCAGGGUUUAGAGGAUGAGAAGCGAUUGUCAAAUUAGGCUGAAUUGUAGAAACACAAUUUAAUUCAAAAUAACUUACCAAUUUUAUAUAUAUGAUAAAGUGAUAUUAAAAUACUGUGACCAGAUAUUAUGAUAUUAAUAAAGUUACCAGAUACUAAAAUCAAUGAAUAUAAUCUGAAUUACUUAGAAAUUAUAGUAUAUUAGAGCCCUUAUGAGUAAAAACAUUUCAUUUAGCAAUUUAAUUUUUAGAAUACUAUUCCUACUUAGGGAUUUUGAUUAGAUUGUACCAUUAAAUUUGAGAAUAUUUAGUCUCAAGGGGAAAACUUCCUGGCAUCCAUCUUAAAUAGUGGCCUUUUCCCACUAUGGUGUUUUUAAAUGCAUAUUCACAUAGAAUAGUACGUUUCUUACAUUUAAUCCCUAAAUAACUUAGAUCAUCAUUCAGUGGAGAACAAGUAAAAGGAUAUCAUUCCUUUUGGAGAAAAACAUUGAGUGUCUAGAAUUUUUUCUAUUAAUGCUUUGUAUAUUAGUUUUUUAAAUAAGAUCUAUAGAUAUGUAUUUAUGUGUGUCUUAUAUAUGAAACAGUUCUCUGGGUUUGACUCCUAUGUUUUGUAUUUUUAAAAACUACGACAUGCUUGCAGAAAUUCAUUGAGAAGCUGUUACAAAAAAUGCAGUGAAGCAUGACCAAAUAGCUAAAAAUAUUACUGGAUCUUUACAAAUCUAUAGUCUUUAUUGUUGUUGUACUGUGGAGUACAAGGAUACUAAAUAUUGGCUAUUGAUAAAAUACUAACUUGCAUUUCAUGGCAAAUAGAUGUUAUAUCGCUUGAUUAGUCUAGAACAUUUCUAAUAUUUUGUGCUUUCAUAUAUCAAAGGAGAUUAUGUGAAACUAUUUUGAAAUACUGUAAAGUGACAUAUGGUUAUAAGAUAUAUUUCUGUACAGUAGAGAAAGAGUUUAUAACAUGAGUUUAUAAUUGUACCAUUAUACAUUUUCAUGCUCGAUCUCAUGAGAAAUUCAAAAGAUUAAUGAUAGAGUUGAAAAUAUGUUUACUUUCUCUAAAUCAAGUCUGGUUGUCAACUCAAAAAUUAUGUUGUAUAGUUUUAUUUUGAAUUUAGGUUUUGGGACUACUUUUUUUCCAGCGUCAAUGAGAAAAUAAAAUCUAUAACUCAGGAGUUACUAGAGAAGUUCUAAGUAUUUUUUUGCUAAGUAUUAAAAAUAUAAACAUAUGAAAAUGCCA